AGGUGAUCGUCCCAGAAUAUGUCCGCCAGUGGUCAAAAGGAAGUCUCAGAUGCACCUUCGCCAUCAUUCCGUACAUUAGGGGAGCUGCGUGACACACUAGAACAAAUGAAGAAUGUUGCAAAGGAUGCAAAUGUGAAAGACCCUUUUGCGCUGUAUCCUUGUGCCAACCUUUCGCUGAAGGACACGUUGCUACACAUUGCUGAUGAGAUGUCUACAACCAAUCAGCCUCAAAAAGCAAACAAGGCCGUAGAGAUCGAGCUUGCUAGCCUAGCAUGCGGAUGGAUUCUGUGGUAUUUCGGCAACCCAGACAAAAAUCUCCCGCCGUACAAAGAUCUCCAUCCAAGAGAUUUCAGUCAGAGGGAAGACCGAGAAAUGCUGUCGAACCUUGGAUUUGUUAUUCGAUCAUUUCAUCGCCACAUUCUUGAUCAACUUCAGACUUCUCCAAUCAGGGAUCCCGCUCGAUUAGAUAGAGACAGAAUACAAUACGAAACCUUUAUCAAGAACCCGCAACCUGACGAGGCAAGAAGGAUUUAUCAGCGUUAUGUAUCCACUUUCCUUGCUUGGAUACAAAACGAUGAGACAUAUCGCAUGAGGCGAACACAACUAGAAUGGAAUACGUUCAUGAAAGAACUCCGUUAUUACAAAACAUGAGUUCAUUACAAGGUGACCACAUCAGCAAUCGUCUCAAUUGUUAUGAGGAUACCACAUCAACAAUCGUGUCAACAAACUUUGAGCUUAUUGUUUCGUUGUGCUCGUCCACCUUCUCAAUACGCAUUAUGCUGGCAAAGAGCGAAUUCAACCCUUGUGCGAGUUGCCUUGAUAUUUUCUCAAACAAAUCUGUCGCAAUCCAAAUUUUGGUAGGUUGUGAUCAUUUGUUUUAAAGUAUAUAGCAUGGCCUUG